UAUUCAUAGACUGGUCGAACUCAAAUCAGCCCAAACACUACUUUUUUUUCUUUUUACGGCAAGCAUUUGAAAACAGCUAGCCAUCAAUUCACAAUGGAAGUCGACCACAUCGAUAAGCUCCUAGAGCAAUAUCUAAAUCUCUUACACGAAUACACAACCCUAAGAGACCAGCUCAACAGCCUACAGACGGGCAUAUACCAAAACAUCGCACGCGCCAACUUCGCUGCUGAGCGUGGUAUGCGAUAUAACCAGGACCACUAUGAUGAGCGCAUGCAAGCCUCUAGGAGGUUGACUAUAAAUACCAUAGGCGACAGUCAAGAAAGCGUACCUAUUUUCACAGUGAGCAUCGGAGAUUUGGAGCUCAAAGUAUCCACGGUGACACAGGACCCGGAGAAAGAGGCCUCUACCACCGACUCCGAUGCUCCUAACGUGAAGGAGGGCGAAGAGGAAAAGAAGGACGAGGCAAUUGCAUCUCAAAAAACGAAAUCAAAGGAUCCACUAAGAUGGUUCGGAUUGCUCACUCCUAUGUCCCUACGACAGGCCCAAGCACAAAGUAUCAAGGCCGUCGAGGGGAUCAUACCUAAACUAGUCUCGGUAAAUGCCCAGAUGGCCCAGGUCGAAAUAGAAGUCCGCAGAGCCCGCAAGAAGCGUGCCAAGCUAGAAGCAGCCGCCGCGAAAAAGGAGCACGAUGUCGGAAUUAGUACGGAGAUCACGGCAUGAUUAGUAGGAUAAUAUAAUAUUUACUUGUGUAUAGCGCGUAAUAACGCUAUACUAUCCUUUCUAUACACAAUUUCUGGGUCGGCUUACUCAUCGUGUCUGGCCCAACAAAAUGUAUACAUCGAUGAUGACAGGCUGAGACAUGGCUAUAUAAUCUAAUUUCCACAUAUAAUCCGGGUCUCAUACUUUCUUCUCCGCCUUCCGAGCUCGGGAAUACAUGCCUUCGACAAAGAAAUAGCGACAUUUGGUAUCAAUACAAUAGUAAGCGCAAGUACAUGCUCGAACAAAGCUAACAGAAUGAGAAUAUCUACAUGGGUAUCAUCUCGUAGCAAUAAUAUACUCAAGCAUAAGCAGCCCAACCUAAGCGAAGCCUCGUUAGCACAUGUAUCUCGGUACUAAUUUCGUGUACGGAUAUUAAUCACUCACCAGAAUACAAAAAUGCCAAAU